CAUUCACCCCGGUUCCUCUAGAAACCAACGGAACUUCUUGGUAAUCAUCCAAAAUGGGUAUCUCACGCGUUUCUGCUCUCAUUGCUGCGUUCGCCGUUCUCGCCGCUCAUUUUCUGAUCUCAUCGGCAACGGCCAUCGAUUUCUCCGGCGACAACGAGAUUCUCUUUGCUCCGACUAAAUCCGAGUGCCGAGGCUCAAUCACCGAGUGCUUUCUCGCUGGAAACUAUGACGAUUCCGGCUUCGGAAUGGAGUUCGAGAUGGACUCUGAGAUCAAUCGCCGAAUUCUAGCGACUACUCGCUACAUCAGCUAUGGUGCUCUGAGGAGGAACAACGUUCCUUGCUCCCGCCGCGGCGCUUCUUACUACAACUGUCGUCCAGGCGCUCAGGCGAAUCCUUACACCCGUGGUUGUAGCGCCAUUACUCGCUGCCGAAGUUAAUUUCUCGCUUCGUUCUUUUUUGGAUUUAGAUUCCUCGCCGUAUUCUAUCGGUUAGUACUUCUUGUGUUUAUACUAAAUAUACAUGUCGAUCGAGAAAUAAAAUCCAUACUGAUGAUUGAAAAUGUAAUUUAAAUCUGUUUCUCUGAGUCUUCUACAUGUUUUCCUUUAUUUUUUUGUUGUUUUCGUGACUGAUUCUGGAUAUUUCCAGAAACAUUUGUUCUUGCUUGCGAUUGCCAAUACAGUGAUAGGAAGAAACACAGUAUUCGUAUAAA